CGAAACGAAUCAUUCAUUUCCAAAAUGGCUGUCGAUCACAUUGAUGUGGUGGUUCUUUUUGUGUGAAUUAUUGUAUUUUUACGCUAUGGAAAUGUAAUUUCUUGAGUGUUGACGUGCUUUUACUAUAGUGCAAAGCAGUUACGGACUAUAUAUAAUUUCAAGUGAAUAUAGUUUCGUUUGCGUUGAAGGUUCGGCGUCAUAACGCUUGGCGGGGGCUAACCCUAGCCAUUUUGUCGUAAGGAUUAUACCUAUUGAUUUUUCUGGCAAUCUAACAAGAUGAUGAUGAUGUACACGGGCACGAGCACUGAGCAGGACACCCGCUUCAGCGACAAGGAGAAGAAGCUCAUGAAACAAAUGAAGUUCGGCGAUUGUUUGACACAGCAGGUGGACAUGUCGAAGGUAAAGCUGGAUGUGCUGAAGCCGUGGAUCACACAGAAGAUAACAGAAAUCCUGAAGAUGGAAGACGACGUGGUCAUCGACUACGUCAACAAUCAACUUGAGGAAAAGUUCCCUUGUCCCAAGAAAAUGCAGAUCAAUCUGACUGGAUUUUUGAACGGGAAGAACGCUCGUCUGUUCAUGGGGGAACUGUGGGAGCUUUUACUUAGCGCUCAAGCGAGCGAGAAUGGGAUACCGGAGUCGUUUACGCAGCAGAAAAAGGAAGAGAUAAAAAAGCGUAUGGUGGAAGAACAAAAGGACAAGGAUAGCAAGGACAAAGACAAGGAACGCCGCCGGACGCGCUCGCGGUCCCGGUCGCGGCGUCGCUCGCGAGACCGUCGUCGCUCGCGCUCGAGGUCACGCGACCGUUCCACAGACAGAAAACAUCGCAGCGGGGGAUCGCCACGCCGGUCGCGGAGGCGCAGCCGCGACAAGGGCAGCCCCAGCCGCGACAAGAGCAGCCGCGACAACACCAGCCCGCCGAAGACCGCUGCCGCUGUAGAUGAAAUCAAAGUGCCAGAAGCAAAAGAAAACGGGAAGUCUCCAGAGGUGAAGGAAGAAGUGGCGAAAGAAGAAGUCAAUCAAAACUCCACCACUACUGACCCCGCCCCCGCCGAGAAGGAAACCGAAAAGGAUGAGGAUAAGAAAGACAAACCCGCUGAAGAUGGAAAGAAAUCUAGAUCAGCAUCACCCGCUAAGUCUGCUACAGGCGAAAAACCGGCGGAAGAGAAACCGGCAGAAAAGCCACGGCACACCUCAAGCGACAGACGAUCUUCAUCAGUUUCGUCGCGUUAGUAUUUACAUUUUAUA